AUGAGAAAAAUAAGCGCCUUGAUCAUUCUUUUAUCAUUUUUAGACUGGAAUGCUGCCCAUCCGACAUCCAGCGACGGAAACCAAAAGGAGAAUGCAUUUUCCAAGAUCGUUCCUCGACUUCUAUGGAACAUUAAACGCGGAUACAACCAGGAGAGCCACCAAAACACCCAGCCUAUCAUAAUUGUAAAGCAGCCUAGCUGGAAAGCGGAUACCGACUCGGACAGACACCACUACAGCCCGUUCACCACCCCAUACUAUCCGUACUACCCACAACCUCCAAUGCCCAGCCGACCACCGCCACAGUUCCACGGAAUGGAUUACCUGAACAGUGCGGGAGGCGGACCCACCUACCUAAUCAUCAACCCUAACAACAUGCAGGGAAUUUACCUGCCCGCUAGCAGCUCCAACAGCUCAAACUCUACCAGCUCCCGCCGUAGCGCUUUCGUGCCCUCUAUCGUAGAUUUGCUGCAGGGCUUCAACCUGGACGAUCUUGCCGAUGGAAGCGUGCUCGAAGAUGGUUCCGAGGAGGUCAAUACUGUAAGAGAUGGCAUUUUAGCGGUCCCUAGCUUUGAGGGGUCAACCCCCCUAACUGACGACGAUCAUGGGGAGGAAAUAAUCAAAAAGGACGAGGUCGAUGACCUCGAGCGCCAAACUAGUCUAGGCCUAAGUCCCAAGCACUUUGUUUCUGUCUUGAUGGAAAACAAACUCCGACGGCGCGUCCAGGAGGUUUUGGCUGGUAUUUAUUUAAGGAACUACAAUCUGAAAAUGAAGUAA